CACAAUCUCUCACAACUUGUUCGGAACGUGACCAGUGACCAUCACAACAACGAACGGCCAACGACCUCGAUUGUGGUACUGUGGUCUCCGUGUUGCUGUCUAGCUCCUGUACUCGUAGCCAGCCAGCUUUAGCCGACCAGAAGUGUUGCAAAGAAAUUUUUAAAAUGAGCUCAGACGCAGCAAUAUUGUCCACUGACCAAAGGGAGGAUGGUUCUCACAGUCGGCAGGAAGAGGAAGACAUGGACCACAAUGAUACGGAAGCCGCAUCCGACGAACGAGACCUUGCGCUGCAGGUUGUGGAUCAGAGUGUCCGACAUACCAACAUUCCCGUGUUGACCUGUUCGUUUCUGGCAGCGCUAACAACGGGGGCGACUUCCUAUUCCUUUGGUCUGUACGCGGGAGAGCUCAAAGCGAGACUGGAGUUUUCACAAUCCCAGCUGGAUACCAUUUCUUCGGCAAUAUUUUUUGCGGGUAUCUUUUCAUGGGUUCCUGGUCUCGUUGUCGACAAUUUCGGAACUAGAACCGGGACGGUCUCGGGAGGACUAAUGGGUGCAAUCUCGCUGAGCUGCUUUUGGGCCGUGUCGACCAAGUUUUUCCCACUCGAACAGCAUUUGCUGGUACCGGUUCUCAGUUCUUUGGGUGUCCUGAUUUUCCUAUCGUGUGCUUUGAUUACUGGAAGUGUAUUCAAGGUUAUUGUCACUACUUGUGGAGCCGGAAGCAAGGGUACAGCAGUGGGUGCUGCAAAGGGUUAUGUAGGGCUAGGCGCUGGAGUCUAUUCUUGCAUAUUCGAAUCUCUCAAAACCAAGGGACAGUCGGAUCUUGAUUUUUUGAUCAUGGCGGCACUGCUAUUCAUUACCAAUGUGACAAUCCCCUGUCUCUUCUUGAUGCCAGCGCAUAAGGUCGUCCAAGAAGAGGAAUUUCACGAUGAAGCAACACCACUCCAUUUCAGAACAUUAUAUUGCUCUCUGGCAGCCAUGGCGACAAUCAUCAUCUGGAACAGCUUGGAAGAGCUAUUCAAUGAAAAUAAAGAACCAACACCAAAGCUGGACGAUGACAAUAAACAUGCAGGGCAGAACCUUCCUCUGGCAGUCUUUAUGCUGGUUAUUUGGGUGGCGCCCAUCUUGAGUUUACUGUUCCUGCCCAAAAAGUCGACAUUGCAGGUUGCCGAAGAAGAACACGAACCAGAAGGCGAGAGUUUGCUCACAGAAAACAGCAAUGUGGAAAUGAAUAACGAAAACGGCGACAUUAGCUUGCAAAGAAUACAAAAUUCAAAAGACGGCAACAACCAACAGGACGCGGAGGAGGCAGAUGGUGGAGAUGUGGCACAUGAUUUGCUGCGGGUACCCCAGGAGGAUCCCGACAACCUUAACGAAUCCGAAACGCUGGGUCCCGAUGAUGUGGAUGAAAUUGGCGGAGACAAGAAUCUCUGGCAAAUGCUUCGGACACCCACUGCCAUGCUAAUGCUGUGGACGACAACCAUUCUAGUUGGUGGAGGAAUCGUCAUGACAAACAAUAUGGGUCAAAUGGUGGAAGCACUGGGCUUUCCAAAAGAGACAACACCGGCCAGUCUUGCCUUCUUUAGUGUGGCACAAUCGGGGGGCCGUGUCAUUACGGGAGCCUUGUCGGAAAGUGCUUUGAAUUGGCCAACGAAAAGCUUUUGCAUAAACUCGGGGGUUCCGAGACCGUUUUUCCUUGUAACAGCAUCGAUAGCCGGCUUUAUUGCUCACAUGUCCUUGGCUGUGGCCACCACCAAGGCCUUCUUUGUGAUCGGAUGUACUCUGGCAGGGCUGGCAUUUGGCAUGGUUUGGCCGCUCAUGGUACUCAUCAUUGGAGAGGUCUUUGGUACCGCCAAUGUGGGGGCAAACUACAUGUUUUUCGACGGGUUUACCAGUGCUGCUGGCAGUGUGCUUCUAUCAAAGUUUCUCGCUCAAACAGUGUACGAAGAUAACAUUGACAAGAAAGAUAAUCCGGAGAAUGUUAUUUGCAUCGGGAGUGCCUGCUUCAGCAUGACGCACUCGGUCGUUGCUGUUCUGUCAAUGGCAUGUAUAUUAACGAGCGUUUCUAUGCUUUUCACAACUCGAAAAGUCUACAACAGUGCAAAUCUGCACACAGGGCACUGACGAGGGAAACGACAAUUGCUAUGGAGUGAGAGUGCGGAGUGCUUCCGACCAAGCUCCAGACGAACCUAGCUAGCUAGCUGCAGGCAGCAGCAAACAAACAACACGCAGAACUUUGGAGGAGAACCCAACGCAAUGGGGCUUCACCAGAAGCUUGCUGUUCACCAGCUCUAAAGAGUAGAGGAAUUGAAUCUACUAAACACAACUCUAGUAUAACCUUCAAGAUUCUGACAUUGUGAGUGGA